AUGGCCCCUCAGGUGCUUCAUAAUGUCAUUCACGGCAGCGCCAACCCUGAGCCCUGGCAAAAAGCUAUGAUCAACAUUCAGCCAGCCAUUCUACGCGGGUAUCGCCGCCACUGUGUACGAAAUGCCGACUAUCCCGCUAUCGUGCCUGUGGAGAAAUUUGAUGAGAAUGGCACUAUCUCAGAGACUACUUCCAAUUCCAGAACCUCGGUUCUUGGGACCCUUGUCUCGGGGUUAACGGACGGGGAUAUCUAUCGGCUUGACAUGUUCGAGGGCUCGGAGUAUGCAAAAACGGAAGUGGUCGUGCAGAAGUUUAAGUAUUCGGAUGGAAACUACAGUGAUUCAAGCAAAGGGCUACCUCAUAUGCCCGAUACGGCUCGCGUCGAUGCUUCAGAGGAAGGUGAAGAGGUAUUGGCAGUGACUUACGUGUGGAUCCUUGACCGGGAAUUGCUAGAAGAGGCGGAGUGGGACUUUGAGACUUUCAAAAAGGAUAAAAUAGCAUGGUGGGCUAGGGCAACGGAGAGUGAGUGGUGA